AUGAUCUUGCUCGGCGUCAAUCUACCAGACAGGCGGCUCGUCAAGAUUGCACUGACGGCAUUCCAUGGCAUAUCGCAUCAUACCUCCAGGUUGAUCUGUGCUCGCCUGCUGCUUCAUGAUCGACUGAAGGUGGAAGAGCUAUCGGAAGAUCAGCUCAACUCUCUAUCGGCUCUUCUGUCAUCGCCCGCCACUCAUCCCCUCGUCGCUACGCCCGUCCAGGCGCCAUCUGUGCCUCAGGCGAGCACAAGCGAAGUAGGACAGCUAAGAGAUGAUCAGACGAGCGAGAGAGCGAGACGAGAGGAUCCACUACGGUCUCUGAUCCUCGAGGCGGAUCUCAGGCGGAAAGUGAAUGCAGACAUUGCUCAUCACCGCAACAUUGGCAACUAUAGAGGCAGGCGACAUGUCAUGGGUCUCCCCGUCAGGGGUCAGAGAACGCACACCAAUGCCAGAACAGCUCGCAAGUUGAAUCAUGCAGAGCGGCGGAGGGGUUAUGCUACCGUCGCCCAUCUCGGCUUAGGGACACCUUCACUCUCAGCCAUGACAGGGUCAAGCAGCUUCCUCGGCUCUGCGAUGGGACGCCAUCUCCUCGGUAGUACACACCGGUAG